GGGAAAAAUUCGUUUCGGAUUGAAUAUCGUCAAUUUAUUGUCCUAAAAUAAUUGUAUCGUUUGGCAAAGAGAUUUUUCAAGUAUACUUUGACAUUUAAUCAAUAAAAGUGGGUAUUAAACCUGAUGCUCUCACCAACUGAAUACCAUUAAAAGUUGGCAAACUUUAUGGGGAAGAACAUUGCCAAAGACUAUAUGGCUCUAAAUUAACUUGAUUUAAGUUAUUCGUGAUUUACUGUGAAAUAAAAAGUUGAAUUUUAAUGUUUCCCUACAAUAAUCAAGGUCGAGAAAACAAAAAUUGAAUAAAUAUUAUCAAGUUUAUUAAAGGGGAGGAAAUGUAUGUAUUUUAACGAGGAUGCGAAAAAUGAACAAGGACAGAAAGUGCGACUUUAAAUUAGAAAAAAAAUCUUAUUCAGAUGGGACUCGAACCCGCAAUCUCCGGUGACUUCGGUACGGUGCCGGGUCUGCAGACUGCACUUGUGGUAUCUUCCGGAGGUCAAUGUUAGCCUGGUAUUUUUCGAUAAAAAAAUUAAUGAUGACUCGAAGAGGAGGGUGGUACAAAACUUGAAAAUGGUGAGCAGUGAAAACGAGAAUUCAUGAGUGAAAAAAUUUUCGUCUGUAAAAAUAGACGAUAGACUGCGGCUUGUUAUCAAGUUAUUUUAUUCAGGAAGAUCCCAAGGCCUGGGCAGAUGGAAAUUAUUAUCUUGAUGCCAAAUCGAAAUGUUGAAGCUAAACAGUUACCCUGCAGAACGAGCCCUUUGGGUAACAGGAGAUUUAGUUGAAAUUAUAAUACUAUAUAAUACGGCAAAUGAACAUUUUAGUAUUGGAAAACAUCAAAAUGUAACUUAUUAUUCCACAGUAAAUCACGAAUAACUCAAAAUCAAGUUAUUUUAGAGCCAUAUAGUCUUUGGCAAUAUUAUUCCCCAUGAAAUUUGCCAACUUUUAAUGGUAUUCAGUUGGUGAGAGCAUUAGGUUCAAUAACCACUUUUAUUGAUUGAAUGUCAAAGUAUACUUGAAAAAUCUCUUUUCCAAACGAUAGAAUUUUUUUUGGGACAAUAAAUUGACGAUAAUCAAUCCGAAACGAAUUUUUCCCUUACAGUUUGGACCCUAAGGAACCUGUAAAAAAUAUAAAAGGAUUAGGUUUCAUGAAAAAUUGAAUAACUGGACAUGUUUUUUGGAUUUAACAUAAGAAAAACCGAUUUUUUCAAGAAAGUCAUCGGGGCCAGUUGAAAACAUCAUUUCCUAAAGCUGCCGCCGAACGAAAGUUUGUUCGUAACACCAUUUUCUAUCAUUUGGAGGGUGAGCCCCGAACUUGUGCAAUUUUGGGACACCCUAAUCGCUAGCAGUCAAUAAACAACAGAAUUCAAGCUCUGACUUUUUCAUGUUUAGGAUAUGCAUCGUGGCAUAGAGCCUACUCUAACGCGAAAAAAUACGUUUAUAUAUAUGUUUACUUCUAGUUAACUACAUAUAUGGUGGCCCUUAUUGGAAUGUUUUCACAACCCUUUUUUUCAGUGACACUGUGCAGAAUUCUUGCUGUUGGGAAUAUUUUCCUUUUAUGACAAAUCGAUUAUCAAGUGUUUGUUUCCAUGACUCUGUAUCACCGAAGGUGUACGGUCUCAACAGCUCUACUCGCACAUUGGUGUCAGAAUAGGAAGUCAAUAGGCAAUCUGAACAUUUUUUACCCUUUUACUCGUUCGUGCCACAGUCUGAACAUUCCAUAGCCUUUGCAAGCAUUCGAACAUUUUUAGUUGGUGUUGGAUGUUAGUACUUUCGCAACACAUUCAUUGUUGGGAGGGUCGCGAUGAGUAAAACGGCAGUAGGAAUUCUCGGUGGUGAUGAUGAAUUAUUACAAAGCUUCGUUAGAGUGGGCCUUCAUUCUGAAGGGGAAGAUAACAGGCAGAUGCAGGAUCUAUCCUCCGGUGGAGUUUCAAGUGGAGGUGGUGGCAUGGGAGCAUCCGGAAAUUCUGGAUCGCAUCCAAUAAGUCACCCGAAGGCAGAAGCGCAUUUGGUGCGGCAGUAUUCCGAUCAUAUGUCGGAUUUCAGCGAUAAAAAUGCUUCUCGCAAGUAUAGAAAUCUAUUCAACGAGCCCAUAGACAUGAAAAAACGACGUUACUUUGAUGAAGUUUACACCGAUAAGGAUAGAGCUGCUGCUGUUAGUAUUGGCAACUAUGACAUAAAGCAAAAUCUUCUUAAUAAACGUCGUCAGGAACGCACCGAUGCCCUGCAAUUACCGGAACAAGCCGAUCCUGGAGCCAUUCUGGCACUUGGAAUGCGUGAGAUCAAAAACCGUAACCUGGACAACGCCGUUCAUUUUCUAUCAAAGGCAUUAGAAAUGAAUAACAAUGACCAAAGUGCGUUGGUUGCGAGAAGUAAAUGCUACCUACAACUUGGUGAGCCGGCCAAGGCUUUACAAGAUGCCGAAACAGCUCUACUUUUGGACAAAAGCAAUAUACGAGCGAUCUACCAGAAAGCUGAAGCAUUAUACUAUUUGGGUCAAUUUGAGCAUAGUCUAAUGUUUUUUCAUCGCGGCUUGAGAUUAAGACCAGAACUGGCAAGCUUUCGGCUAGGUGUCCAAAAGACUCAGGAAGCCAUCGAAAACACCAUUGGAAGUAAUACUAAAAAUCAACCCCAACCGAAAAAAACUCCAAAAGCUGAAAAACCUAAAACAGCUAAAAAGGUUAUACUCUCAAGAGAGGAAAUGGAUAAGCGAGCUGCCCGACGUCUUCUGGGCGACCUCUAUGUAGAUAAAGAAUAUUUGGAAAAUCUACUGAAGCACCCAGACCUUAAAAAAGCAGACACCAAUACAGAAGGAGUCUCGGAGUUCGCCAAAGAUGCAAUUAAUUUCCUGAAUAAUAGACAAGAAUUUUGGCGCCAACAAAAACCUUGCACUAGUCUGAAUGCAAAAAAGAUUGAUAGUAAUAGUGGAGGGCUGCCGCGAUGGUAAUACAAAAAAAGUUUAUUAAAAUAAUUAUUAAAUUAUUACUCGUUACAUUUUUUAAAUUUCAAUACGAUGUAGUGAUGCUUGUUUAAUAAUAGUUUGAUUGUGUUAAUUUAUCAGUAACUUUAAUGAAAGGAUUCAUGGAUGACAGCAGUCAUCAUCGCCUUACAGUCUAGGUUGCACUGAAUUAAAAUUGAAGAACAGUCAAAUGAUUCACCACAUUGAAAACGAAAAGUUAUUUUAAUGAUAAUUGCAGUAACUUUGUUCCCAUGACUGUGCAACGCUUAUAUAGCACAAAUUACAUUGUGAAUUUAUCUUAAUUAGAAAAAAUGGUCAAAUAAAACGUAUAAUAUAUC